AAGAAGAAGCAGCCUUAUUCAUUCUCCUUUCCUCUGCGGUUGGCAUGGCGACGCAGGCCUACGGUUCCGAGCUGCAGGCAGCCCCAGGGCCUGCCCAGCCACCGCAGGCCACGGCCCCACCGCCCACCGCCACCCCGCAGCCGCUGCCUCCGCCACCGCCCGCAGCGCCCCAGCCCCAGUACGCCGCUGAGCUGCAGAACCCCCAGCCUCCCGCGCAGCCCCCAGGAGGCCAGAAGCAGUACCUGACCGAGCUCCCCACAGGCCCCGCGGCCUCGCAGCCCGCCAGUGCACCCUCCCUGUCCCCUGCGACCCAGCAAUUCAUCGUGGUCACCGUCUCUGAGGGCACCAUGCGGGCCAGCGAGACAGCGUCAGACGCAAGCCCGGGCACCACAGCCAGCCAGACGGGCGUUCCCACUCAGGUUGUCCAGCAGACGCAGGGCACCCCUCAGCGGCUCCUGGUCCAGACAAGCGCACAGGCCAAGCCGGGCCAUGUGUCCCCACUGCAGCUCACCAGCCUCCCAGUGCCCCAGCAGGCGCUCCCCACACAGCGGCUGGUGGUGCAGAGCGCAACCCCUGGCAGUAAGUCGGGCCCAGUGCCCCUGGCUGUGCACUCACCCCCCGAGCACUCGCAGGUACAAACCAACAGCAGCAGCUCCAGCAAACCCGCCGGGACCCCCGCUGGGACGGCGCCUCCCCAACCGCUGCAGGUCCACAGUGUCCAGCAGAGUGUCACCGUCACCCCAGAGGUGCAGCAGCUGCAGCAGGUGGUGGGGCCCCACGUGUACCCCAGCCAGGUGCAGUACGUGGAGGGCGGCGAUGCCAGCUACGCGGCCAGUGCCAUCCGGCCCAGCACCUACCCCUACGCCGAGGCCCCACUCUACUCGCAGACGCCCACCGCCGGCUACUAUGAGGCAGGCGCAGCCGCCCAGGUCAGCACGUCCGCUGCGUCCCAGGCGGUGGCGAGCGGCGCCUCGGUGCCCAUGUACGUUUCGGGCGGCCAAGUUGUGGGUAGCGCCGCCAGCAGCGGGGCCGGGACCAGCAGCAACGGAGGCGGCGGUGGUGGCGCCGGAGCCAGCAGCGCAGGCACUGGGGGCGGCGGUGGCGCCAGCGGCGGGAAUGGGGCCAGCAGUGGUAGCAGUGGCAGCGGCACAGGGGGCACCUAUGUCAUCCAAGGUGGCUACAUGCUGGGCAGCGCCAGCCAGUCCUACUCCCACACCACCCGUGCCUCGCCAGCCACGGUGCAGUGGCUGCUGGACAACUAUGAGACCGCUGAGGGCGUGAGCCUGCCUCGCAGCACGCUUUACUGCCACUACCUGCUGCACUGCCAGGACCAGAAGCUGGAGCCUGUCAACGCCGCCUCCUUCGGCAAGCUCAUCCGCUCCGUGUUCAUGGGCCUGCGCACACGCCGCCUAGGCACCAGGGGUAACUCCAAGUACCACUACUAUGGGCUGCGCAUCAAGGCCAGCUCCCCACUGCUGCGGCUUCUGGAAGACCAGCAGCACAUGGCCAUGCGGGGCCAGCCCUUUGCACAGAAGCAGAGGCUCAAGCCCAUCCAGAAGUUGGAGGGUAUGACCAAUGGGGUGCCCGUGGCGGCCCAGCAGGCCGGCGGGCUGGCGGACAUCAGCACCCAGGUGCAGCAGUACCAGCAGUUUCUGGAUGCUUCCAGGAGCCUCCCUGACUUCUCAGAGCUGGACCUCCAGGGCAAGGUGCUGCCCGAGGGCGUGGGGCCCGGGGAUCUGAAGGCCUUCCAGGUCCUGUAUCGGGAGCACUGUGAGGCCAUCGUAGACGUUAUGGUCAACCUGCAGUUCACACUGGUGGAGACGCUGUGGAAGACUUUCUGGAGGCAUCACCUCAAUCCGCCCAGUGAGGCGCCGCCACUGGCUGUGCACGAUGAAGCUGAGAAGCGGCUACCCAAGGCCAGCCUUGUGUUGCUGGCGAAGUUUGAGCCGGUGCUGCAGUGGACCAAGCACUGUGACAACGUGUUGUACCAGGGCCUGGUGGAAAUCCUCAUCCCCGACGUGCUGCGGCCUAUCCCCAGUGCCUUGACCCAAGCGAUCCGGAACUUUGCCAAGAGCCUGGAGAGCUGGCUCACCCAUGCCAUGGUCAACAUCCCCGAGGAGAUGCUUCGGGUGAAGGUGGCAGCAGCGGGCGCCUUCGCUCAGACACUGCGGCGCUACACGUCGCUCAACCACCUGGCACAGGCAGCGCGCGCGGUGCUGCAGAACACGGCGCAGAUCAACCAGAUGCUGAGCGACCUCAACCGCGUGGACUUCGCCAACGUGCAGGAGCAGGCCUCGUGGGUGUGCCACUGCGAAGACCGCGUGGUGCAGCGGCUGGAGCAGGACUUCAAGGUGACGCUGCAGCAGCAGAACUCGCUGGAGCAGUGGGCGGCCUGGCUGGACGGGGUGGUCAGCCAGGUGCUGAAGCCCUACCAGGGCACCGCCAGCUUCCCGAAGGCCGCCAAGCUCUUCCUCCUCAAGUGGUCCUUCUACAGCUCCAUGGUGAUCCGGGACCUGACCCUGCGCAGCGCCGCCAGCUUCGGCUCCUUCCACCUCAUCCGGCUGCUGUAUGACGAGUACAUGUACUACCUGAUCGAGCACCGUGUGGCCCAGGCCAAGGGCGAGACCCCUAUCGCCGUCAUGGGCGAGUUUGCCAACCUGACCACCUCUCUGAACCCCUUGGAUGCAGACAAAGAUGAGGAGGAGGAAGAGGAGGAGGAGAGCGAAGACGAGCUACCCCAGGACAUCUCGCUGGCCACUGGCGGCGAGUCGCCCGCACUGGGCACCGACGCCCUGGAGCCGCCACCAGCCAAGCUGGCGCGGACAGACGCGCGCGGCCUUUUCGUGCAGGCGCUGCCGUCCAGCUAAGGCCAGGCCGCAGCCACCUCGCUGGGCCUGCCCGCUCGCCCCACCGCUCCUCUGCGCCAGGCUCCCUCGGCUGCCCAGCGCUCGGCCCAGGGUUGGAGGGCACCUACCCCGCUGGGCCGCUGCAGACUGACUCAAAAGAUGUGCCUUAAGGAAACUGCCGCGGUGCCCCUGGGGCGGCCGCCACCCCCAAUCCCGCCUGGGCCGGCAGGCAUGCCCCUCCCCUGCAGAACUGUUAACUUAUUCAGCUCGCUGGCUUUGCACAGCCUGUCCUGGCCCAGCCCUGAGCCCCAGGUGGGCACAGGGGGGCAUCCCCUGGGGAUACCCUCCCCCCCCCACCUUCAGCAACCACCCCGGAUCCCCCACCCCUCCUUGGUCUAAGUGCAAUUAAAGCCGUGGGUGUCGCAUCU